AUGAAAGUUGAACAAGGACUUUUCACCAUCUGGACUGAUAAUGGGAGCAGCGAGUCGGAGCUUUGUCUUUUGGCAACCGCCACCCUCGGCGCUGAAACAGGCGAGAAGUCUGAGAAAGUCAAAAGAGGAAUACUGUUAGGAGGAUCUGAAGGCCUGAACCUGGGUUCCAGCCUGAGCCAAACCAAUUUGGAUGGAAUACCUGGAGGAUUGUCAAACGGAAUUUCAGGACUAGGACAAGGACUCGGUUCUGGGCUUACAGGAAGCUUGACUGGAGGAUUGAACACAGGAAUAACCAGAGCAAAUAUUCGUAUCAUCAACCAGCAGCAAGUGCCACUGAUCUUACCUCAACCAUACCCAAUUACCAGACCUGUAACGUCUCCUUACACAGUGAGACAGAACUUUCAAUCUCUUAUAAAUGAAGCACCCAUCCGAACUCCUCAGAUUACCAGCCAGAGACUGAGCAUUUCCGAGAAUCUUCGAAUUCCUCAACCGAUCCCUAUCUCCCAAAUCUCUCAGCAACAAUUAUCCAUCCCUCAAUCGACGCAAUUAUCUCAACAAUCGCCUAUUGUCGUCACUGUUUCGUCCGCAAGUCAGAGUGGCCCGAGUUCAGGCAUCAGUAGUGCUCUUAACUCUGGAAUUAUUGGAAACAGUCUGAAUGGAGGACUCAGUUCUGGUUUGGGUUUACCAUUGAGCCCUGGACUUGGAAAUCAUGGAGCUUCUGGAUUGAACUUCGGAUCUGGAUUGAGUUCUAGACUUGCAUCCCUCGGGAUUGGAUCAGGACUCGGUUCAAACCGUGGAUUGUCCAGUCUUGGAUCUGGACUCGGUUCACAGGGAUUGAUCUCCAACCUUGGCACUGUAUAUGGCCCUGGAUAUGGCUACUCUGGCUCUGGUAUCGGAGGACUCGGUGCCAUCCGGGGUAUCAAUUCUCUCGAUAAUUUAGGAUCUGGCCUGGGGGGUGGUAACCAGGUGAUCGUUAUAAGAAGGCAUUAAACAAAUUGGGAAUCUUGUAUAGUUAAUAGUCUCAUCCAUGUAAUACGAUUAGUAAAAAUUCAUGUUUUAUAUGCUGGAAUAAAACUGCCUUUCUGUA